CCUGAAACUCAUGGCAGGACAAGGGUGCAAAGGGACAGCCUAAAGUCCAAAGCGACACUUUCCGUUAGGUUAAUGUUUGCUAAAUUACAGGAAGCAAGAAGAAAAGGUCCAACAGAUACCAGCAGACUUACGCAAGACAAGAAUCAGUUCAAAACUGCUAUUGCUCCCAGCCCUGUUUGCAACCUACUAGCACAUCCACCUGCCCACAGUCAGAGCCACAGGGUUGCUGUCUCUCCUGCCUGUACUUUUGCAGAAGGAUGGGUCUGCUCCUGAAGAUUUUCAUCCCCUUGCUGGGACUGGCACUGGCCUUUUAUUUUUAUUCAGCACCUGAGAAUUUCAAUGAAGAGAUGCUCCGGGGGAAGCGGGUGAUCGUGACGGGAGCCAGCAGCGGCAUCGGGGAGCAGAUGGCUUAUCACCUGGCACGCAUGGAGGCCCACCUCCUGCUCACGGCGCGGACGGAGGCCAAGCUGCAGAAAGUUGUGAAGCGGUGCCUCGAGCUGGGUGCCGCGUCUGCCCGCUACGUGAGCGGCUCCAUGGAGGACACCACGUUCCCCGAGGUGGUGGUGAAGGAGGCUGAGAACACCUGGGGAGGCCUCGAUGUGCUCAUCCUAAAUCACAUUGGUUACAGCUACUUCAACUACUUCAAUGGGGAUGUUGGGCACGUACGAAAGCUCCUCGAGGUCAACUUCCUCAGCUACGUGGCGAUGACCGUGUCUGCCCUGCCCAUGCUGAAGGAGAGCGAGGGCAGCAUCGUCGUCGUUUCAUCUGUAGCAGGGAAAACUGCCGCCCCAUUUAGUGCUCCCUAUUCAGCAACUAAGUUCGCCUUAGACGGAUUUUUCAGCUCCUUGCGACAUGAAUUCAUCAUAGAAAAGGUCAACGUCUCCAUCACACUCUGCAUCCUGGGCUACAUCGAUACAGAGGAAGCUACAGACACCCCGACUGAGCCAGCGGUGCCUGUGGCAGCCCCUCCAUCCAACACUGCUCCUUCCCUCCCUGAUCUCCCGUCCCUCCAGAGAACGCCGUGCGAGCAGUCUCACACGCCAUCCGGGACACACCAGCCCCGAAGGAGGAGUGCGCACUGGAGAUCGUCAAGAGCGGGGUGCUGCGCCGGCGGGAGCUGCACUACCCAUCCCGGGCGGUGGGCAGCCUGCUCCUCCUCCGGGACAUAGCCCCCGACUUCCUCGACUCCCUCAUCAGGAGCAGCUAUAAGGUGGAAAACAUCAGAAGAACAUAGUCCCUGGGGCGGUGAGCGCACCAGCACACUUUGGGCCAGGCACAAGGCAUUUGGGUGUUAAUCCGGCUACUCGGGUGCCCUUUUCCAUGCCACCGGGGCAGCCCCAUGCUGAUGCAUGCUGGCAACCUGAGACAGGAUGCCCCAGAAGCCUAUAACACACAGCAUGAAAAUCUCCUUUUUAGCAAUGAACUCCUGCAGCUGGCUUUUUCUGACCAAGAAGCACUUCAGAGAGGCUCCUGGCAGCAGGAUCUGCUGCCAGUCUCCAGCUCCCCAGCAGGUUUUCUGCUCAACCUCCAGAAACUGUUCCCCCACUGAAAGCCACAAAGGCAGCGGUGCUGAGCAUGGUGGGCAGCAAGCCAUGCCACGGCCCAGAAUGAGGAUUUGGGCCAAGCAGCACAAACCACCCACAGCCACAAGAGGGUCUUUGAACCAGGAAAUUUUUUUAUCAUGUAUCUCUUCCAGGCUGGUCUUUGUAAAAAAUAAAUCCUAUGCUACUUUACGGGA